AUGCAGAACAAGGUGGAUGUUCUAUGUCUGUUAGAGACCAGAGUCAAAAUGGAUAAAUCUGAGGCAAUUCUUAGUUCUAAAUUUACCAAUUGGAAUAUUUGUUCCAAUUAUGAUCAUGCAAUAAAUGGCAAAAUAUGGUUGCUUUGGAGGAAGGGAAUUGAUUUCACCAUAAUUCAAGUUGUUGAUCAGUGUAUUAUUGCUAAAGGGAAGUUCCAGAAUAAACUGAUUUUCAUCUCUGCCAUAUACGGCAGUAAUGAUGGAGUGCAUCGCCAUUACAUCACUCCUGACAUGAAAGAUUUUCAAGAUUUCACUCAAGAUCUUGCUUUGACUGAUCAUCCUUUCUUUGGCCCCAAUAUUAUGUGGAGUAAUAAACAACAAGACUUUUAUCUUGCUAGGAAGUUCGAUAGAAUCAUGAUUAAUCCUAGUUGGGCCUCUGCUUUUCAAAACUCCUUUGUUGAGUUCCUUGCUCCUGGUGUCUCUGACCAUAGUAUGUCUUGGUUCCACAAUAUUCCUGGUAAUCCUAUGACAGUCUUGUUCCUCAAGUUGAAAAGACUUAAAGUUUGUCUUAAGGGAUUUAAUAAAGAUAACUAUAGCAACCUUUCAGACCGUGUUAAACUAAUGAGGCUUGAGCUGAAAAAUCAACAACUUCUAACUCUUAAAGGAGAGGAAGCCAUUGAGAAGGAACUUGGAUUACAAGUCCAGUUGAAAACUCUUGAAGAUACUGAAUCUAACCUUCUCAAACAAAAGGCUAAAGUUCACUGGAUUAGAGAUGGUGACAAAAACACCAAAUUUUUCCACUCGGUUGUAGCCUUUAAAAAUAAGAGAGACACUAUAAGAGUUCUUAUUGAUGACAACGGGAAUAGGCUCGAAUCUUUUGAAGCCAUGUCUAACGAAGUGAUUUCUUAUUUCUCAAAGUUUCUUGGUACUUCUGACCCUUCGGUCAAGGAUAUUGACCCUGCUCUUUUCAAUAACCUCCUCAACUUUUCCAUGCCGGUUAAUGCUCCAUAUUAUUUUGUUAAGGAAGUUCUUGAUGAGGAAAUUAAAAAUGCAAUAUUUUGCCAAGGCAACGAUAAAGCCCCUAGACUGGAUGGAUUCACUCCCUAUUUCUUUAAAAUAUCAUGGGAUAUUGUGGGCAAAGAAGUUAUAGAAGCUGUCAAAUAUUUCUUCAACAAUGCUUAUAUUCAUCCGGCUUUUAAUUAA